AUGCGUCUGCCGGCCUCCUUCGGCCUCAGGCGUGCUAGGCGACUUGCGGCACGGUCGUUUGCCACUAUCUCUGAUGCGCCUCGCAUUCCUCAGACGAUCAUCGAAAAGGUGGUCCAGAAGUAUGCGGUCGAUCUCCCGGAGGGCAAGGUGGUGAAGGCUGGUGACUAUGUGAUGAUUCGUCCAGAGCAUGUUAUGACCCACGACAAUACAGGCCCUGUCAUAUCUAAGUUCAAAUCUAUCGGAGCCACGCGCGUGAAGAAUCCUUCGCAGCUGGUAUUCACCCUCGACCACGACGUCCAAAAUAAGUCUGCAAAAAACCUGUCCAAGUAUGCAUCGAUCGAGGCAUUUGCACGGACGCAUGGUAUCGACUUCUUCCCUGCAGGUCGCGGAAUCGGUCACCAGAUCCUCGUCGAGGAAGGCUACGCAUUCCCAAAUACGAUGACCGUCGCGAGCGACAGUCAUAGCAACAUGUACGGCGGCGUUGGGUGCGUCGGCACGCCAAUUGUGCGCACGGAUGCCGCUGCGCUCUGGGCAACCGGCAAGACCUGGUGGCAGGUCCCGCGCAUGGUGAAGGUUGAGUUCAAGGGCAAGCUGGCUCCCGGGGUUACUGGAAAGGACGUCAUCGUGGCACUGUGCGGCACUUUCAACAACGAUGAGGUGCUAAACUCUGCGAUCGAGUUCACAGGCGAAGGCAUCUCUGCGCUCUCGCUUGACGAUCGGCUCACUAUCUCGAACAUGACCACCGAGUGGGGUGCGCUUGCUGGUGUCUUCCCUGUUGAUGAUACCCUGCUGGAAUGGUACGAGCGUGCGUUGAAGAGGCUCGAGUUGCGCACGUUCGCGUCGCCAUCGCUCAUGCCCUCAAUCCCUCCUCCGCCGGAACAUCCACGCAUCAACCGACGGCGACUCGAUCAGCUUCGUGCGGCGCCUAUCCGCUCCGAUCCCGACGCAACAUAUUCGUCCCACCUCGUCUUCGAUCUUUCCACACUCGUCCCCUACGUUUCUGGCCCAAAUAGCGUCAAAGUCGCCAACCCGCUCCCUGCGCUUGAAUCGAAGCACAUUUCUAUCCAGAAGGCAUACCUGCUCAGCUGCACUAACGCGCGUCUCUCAGACAUCUCAACCGCCGCAGCAGUGAUAAAGGGACAUAAGGUCGCCCCGGGCGUGCAGUUCUAUGUCGCAGCUGCGAGUUCGGAAGUCCAGCGGGAUGCAGAAGAGCAGGGCGACUGGCAGACCCUGAUUUCCGCUGGUGCGAAGCCUCUCCCCUCCGGCUGUGGCCCAUGCAUUGGACUGGGAACGGGUCUCCUCGAGGACGGUGAGAUCGGGAUUAGUGCAACAAACAGGAAUUACAAGGGACGCAUGGGCAGUCCGAAGGCACAGGCGUACCUUGCGAGCCCAGCGGUUGUUGCUGCCAGCGCGAUCAAGGGUUACAUCUGCGGACCGGAUUCUCUCGAUCCUGCGACUCUGCCGCCGUCGGGCGCACCAGCCGUUUCAAUAAUCACUCCCACCGCGAAGCCAUCUAAGCAUAGUCCCGCGGCUGCGCUGAAGGAGCCUGUUCUUCCCGGCUUCCCGUCGACGUUCGCUGGACCGCUUCUUUUUGCUCCGCAGGACAACCUCAAUACCGAUGCACUGUACCCCGGCAAGUACACUUAUCAAGAUGAUAUCACUCUCGAGCGCCAGGCCGAAGUGGUCAUGGAAAACUACGAUCCUUCCUUUGCGGGAUUGGUCGCGUCCAUCCGCAAACAGCAGUCUGCGGAUGCCUCUCACCCGGACAUCAAGCGAGGCGUCAUCCUCGUAUCUGGGUACAACUUUGGCACCGGCUCCUCCCGCGAGCAGGCUGCGACCGCGCUCAAGUCAGCAGGUGUGCCGCUCGUGAUUGCAGGCUCGUUCGGCGACAUCUUCAAGCGUAAUUCCAUCAAUAACGGGCUUGUGUGUAUUGAAUGUCCCGAGCUUGUCGCGGAUCUCACGCAAGAAUACGCAAAAGAUGGAAAACGCGGUGCGGGUGGAAAGAGUGGCGAGCUGACUGUCAAUGAGGGGUUGAUGGUCGACGUGAAAGUGGCUGACGGACGCGUCGAGGUCAGCUGGCCGAAUGGGCAGAAGAAGACGUAUGCGGUAGGCGUGGUCGGCGCCAGCGUGCAGGAGCUUUGGAUAUGCGGGGGAUUGGAGGGAUAUGUUCUCAAGUCAAUCCAGGCAGACAGUUGA